GGCCGAUCAGCGAAGAAAACUAUCAUGGUGAAAACAAGGACAAAUUCGCCUAUUAUCCGCACUUUGCGGUCUGGAAAUGGGAGAGGGAAAAACAUAGGAAAUAUAGAAGAGAAGGUCAGUUCUGACGGCGUUAUUAUCGCUUUUGUUGGUCAAAAAGAUAUGUAGACCGCGAUUAGUUUGCAGUCAGGUGCGUUGCACAUUCACAGACCCUGACACCAGGAAACUAUUCAGUUGACCUUGACUCUUAUCUUCAAAAGGUUCCAUCUAGCGAUGAAAGUGGACUGGAUUCAACACCUUUUCCAUCUAAGAGACGUCGUUUACGAAGCAGAGGGGCCUAUAAUGAUACUCACGAGUAUCCCAAUCUACCGGCCUGCACCGUUCCUUUGACGCGUUCGACUCGUCGAAAUGAAAGGUAAGCCCAAAUGUGUUAAACUUCUGUCUGUCUUGGAAUCUUUCUCCAGUACUUCAAGUAACUAAGCUCCAGGGAGGUUGAUGGCAAUGUUAUCUUUAUGAAAGCGGAAAUUUUCAAUGAUGUUAUCUUUCCAUUUAGCCUCUUAAAUGGACCUACUGUUCAUGUGGAAACCAGGAAUUCGCAAUCGCGUAAGCGAGGUAGGCAUGUGAGAGAUUUUUAUAUUUUAAGUUUCCGGUUCUCAAGUUGCCUUUCUGUAUUCAAAAACGUUUUAUUUGAUUUGAGGCAAUUCAGUUUCAAUCUUUUGCACCACAGGAAAGAGAGGAAGGCCUACGAAAUCUAUGCCACAGAAUGAUAGGAAGAAAACCAAAGGAACUAUCGUGUAUAAGACACGGCGAAGCGAUCGUAAACGGCGAAAGGUGUACGAGACCUUGAAUGUUAGUAUGCUAACAGAUCACCGUUACUUGACUGAAUUUGGGAAUUCGAAAUCCCCCAAGAAAGAAAUUGAAAGGAGCAGAUUCCUGCACGACGAAGAUAGCGAAUCUCAAACCGAGGGCGACGAGGUAAAAUAUUAAUAUUGCUUUGUUUUGUUUGAAAUUGGCGCCAUUUCCACCGCUUGGCGCCAAUCACAGAUAUCUCUACUUUUCACUUUCUGGGUAGUCUCCUGCCAAUAUUUGCUACGAAAGGACCUUUUUCUUCGCUAAAAUUACUGUAACCUAGUCACAUCCUUUUUGCAGAGGGCAAAAUUCUUCAAAUUAUUUACUAGUUACAAUUGUUGGGUAAAGAGCUGGGGAGAACUCUGUUUACCCACAAUUCCAAUCUUUAUCUUCUCUCAGCAGGUUUAGUGAAAUAGGUUGUCAGAAAAUGUAGCAUACCCUAUUGCAGGUCUCUAUGUGCUCAAAUUCUGUGUAAAAAUAUUUACCUCUCAGUUCAAUGCUUUGUCAAAUAAAAAAAAGUGUAAGAAAUCAGUACAAUUUUGCUGAUUUUUUGCUUGGUGUUUUUCCUUGUUAAUUAAAUUUUUUGAAUUUUCGACCCUUUUCUUUGGAGGACGUUUAAUGUAUGUGGGAUUUAUGAAAAGAUUGUUUUGAAGUUCAUGAGACAGCUUGCUUUUGAUUUUUGUUAUUGCAAUUGUUUUUGCAGUGAUAAAAGUAUUUUUGUGUAUGAUCCUGUCAGUGACAAAGUAGGAAUUUGAUUAUAAAACUAAGAGAGAGCUGUUUCUUCACUUCAUUACCACUAUAUUGGUGUCUGUGUAAAGAAAACCAGGGUGGCUUUUCCAUACAAAGCUUUGUGAAUGUAGAUGAAACAUGUCUCUGAAUGAAUUAUGCAUUUUAAAAAAUGCUAAGAUUUAAAACUUGGCAGACCUCUUUAUGUCAGACUUCCAUCUUACAUCAGAUUCUUGAUAUCACUGAUUUAAUUGUUUUAAGAGCGUGCCUCUUAAUGUGAAGUGCCUCAAAAUGUUCAAUGGAUCAUGUUUGUAUUUUCACUUUAUCAAACAUACUAUCUAUAGUUUAGUGUCUUAAUUUGAGUAUGGUUUUGUACUCUUUCUUCAAUCUAGGAUGUUGUUGGAACAACCAGCAUGUAUGACCUUAUAAAGAGAAAACAUGAUCAGACUCCAACACCAGAAAAAAGAUCAAGUAGAAAUAGAAGACAUGAUGAUCAGCAAGAGGAAAGUGACAAUGAUGAAGAUGAAGAAGAUGAUGAUGAUGAUGACGAAGAUGAGGAUGAUGAUGGUGAUGGAGAAGAUGAGGAAGGGGAGGAGGAGAAGGGUAUUAAAGGUUAUGAACUGAGAAAGAGACGAAUGAUUCCAAACCGAUACAUUGCACCUCCUUUGAAGUCCAAGGAAAGAGGUAAUUGUCUUUUCUUGAAACAAUGUGUGUGGAUGAUGCUGUAUUGUGGUCAUUUGACAAAAAGUUACAUGUAUACUAUAUGUUGUUCUGCAGUUAGUAAUGGAUGAAGUCAUUCAUGGUGUUCAAUGGCACCUAUAUGUCAUCUAACAAAACUUCACCCUGAUGUUUUGUUAUAUACAAGCCUUUGCUUUGUGAUUGUUGAUUGAAUGUGUUAUUGGACAUCUUUACAUAUCUACAAAGUACUCAGUCUUUUAACUGCUUCUGUUUUCAGGCAAGCGAAGAUUUCAUAUGAAUGUAGAGCCAAGAAAGAGAGGUAAAAAACCAUCACAGUAUGCAUCUCCAGUCAGAAGAGUCCGCAGACCCAAAAGAAAAGCUCAUCAUGUGAGCUCCUCUACUUCAUCUUCUGGUAAGUUGGAUCUCCUAACUCUUCUGUCUCUAGAUAAGUGACUCAGUCCUCUUUUGGCAUAAGGGAUAUAUUUGUUGACUUUUAAAGUGGGUAUAUCUGUAACUAUAACUUCUAACAGACUGAAUUGAAGCUAACUCCAAAAAGUAACUCAUCCCUUCCUAUCUAGGUGCUUUCUGAAAUUUAUUUGUAUCCUAAGAAAUGUGAUCUGCGAACCAGUUGAGUUCUUGUACCUUGCUUUGAUACAUACUUUUUUAUUUACAGUUUUGAUUACUUUUGAUUUUCUGUAUAUUAGAUAUAUUAUAGCCUGGGAGAAGACUUGAGAACUUUCAAUUGAUCAGGUGAAGGGGCAUGAUUCUCUAUUCCUGUCUCAUUCCAUGAAUGUAUAUCCCAAAGCAUUUUCUGUGUUUUUUUUCUAGAUGACUCAGACAAUGAAAAAGAUGAAAGAAAGUUUGAACGCAGGAAAGCUAAGAGCAUGGCAAAAGCCAGGGGUCGCUGUCUUCCAAUGAACUUUACCAUGGAAGAUACAGCUUCUGGAAUUUUCAAAGAAAGAGCAAGAAUUGGAUCUAGUUUAGCAGAUGUGGAUCCUAUGAACAUUGACCAAAAGGUUUGUAUUUAAAUGAGUAUUUGGAGAUUUUGGGGUUCCUUAUUGAUGAGAAUGUUUUUUAUUUAUUUCCUUUUAUUUGUGACAUAGGUCAUGUUUGAUGCAGUUGGUGGUCUUAGCAAGCAGAUAAGGGCUCUGAAAGAAAUGGUUUUGUUUCCUUUGGUGUACCCUGAAGUUUUUGAGAAGUUUAAGAUUGCUCCUCCAAGAGGUGUCUUAUUUCAUGGUCCACCAGGUUUGAAUGAGUUCAUUUUCUAUUUAAUAGGUUUGUGAGUUUCUAUCUGAUUCAGUUUUAGAUUAAAGUGAAUCUCUAAGACUGGUAACCUUGAUCUAUUUCAGGGACUGGAAAGACACUUGUUGCACGAGCCCUUGCUAACGAGUGUAGUCAAGGUGACAAAAAAGUUGCAUUUUUUAUGAGGAAGGGUGCAGACUGUCUUAGUAAAUGGGUUGGUGAAUCUGAAAGACAGCUGAGACUGUUGUUUGACCAGGUAAUAUAUUGCCUUGUUAGAAUUUCCAAGUUGGUUAUUUUUUCCCUCAUCAACCCACCUUCAAUUUUUUUUCUGGUUGCACUGUUUUACCUUAGUUAUGUUUCACACCCAUUAACUAUAUUUAUACUGGUUUUCAUACAGGCUUUUAGUAUGAGACCAGCCAUCAUAUUUUUUGAUGAGAUUGAUGGUUUGGCACCUGUACGCUCAAGUCGUCAAGACCAGAUUCAUAGCUCUAUUGUAUCAACUUUGUUAGCCCUGAUGGAUGGAUUAGACAGUAGAGGUGAAAUUGUGGUCAUUGGUGCAACCAACAGGAUUGAUGCUAUUGAUCCUGCACUGAGGCGUCCUGGCCGUUUUGACAGGGAAUUUCAGUUUGCUCUUCCUGAUAGGAAUGUAAGCUAUUUUUUAGUACUUUGAAAACAAUUUACUGUUUAAAAGUUAUGGGAAAAAUUUUUGUUGAACUACAAUUUCCUCGGUGAUGUUUGAAGACUUUUCAAUUGCUUCUUCUUAUUUAAAAUAAGUUUGUGAUGUUUCUCUCAUAGGCACGAAGAAGUAUCUUGACCAUUCAUACUCGUGACUGGGAACCUAAACUGUUGUCAUCUUUUGUAAGUGAGGUAGCAGAUCGCUGUGUUGGAUACUGUGGUGCUGAUAUCAAAGCUCUUUGUACGGAGGCUGCACUUUUUGCCUUGAGAAGACGGUAUCCACAGAUUUACAGCAGCACAAGAAAACUGCUAGUAGAUGUCAACUCCAUCGAAGUAACUGCUAAGGAUUUCCAAAAAGCAAUGACAGCCAUCAUCCCUGCCUCUCAGCGAUCUGUGGUUUCUCCUGCCAGAGCCCUCUCCCCCCUCAUGAAGCCACUUCUCAAAAAGACUUUGUCUCAAACAUUGGAGAUCCUUGAGAAAAUAUUUCCCCCUGCUCAUAUUAAGACAGGUACAGCACACAUGUGCUUACUUGAAAAUCAUGUUAUUGGCACUGUCAGGUAUCUUCCCAACACAGGACAAAUAAAUGAGGUUCUUUAUUACAAUAACAUGGAAAGAAGUCAAAAAAUGGUUAUGAGUGGAAAUAUAUUAGGGGUCAGGGCAAAGUUGGACAAUUUUAUCUUGAGUCAGGGGAAAGAGAGUAGAAACUCUCUAUAGCACCCUUCAAAAAUGCUUUGAAAGGAAUAAACAUGGCAUUCAGUUUAGGUAGCAUGAGUGUUGACUUUUCCCUUAGAUGUUCUUGAGCUGUGAGUUUGAGUUGAAGAUAGUUUUGUUUGUUUGUUUUCUUAUGAAUUCUUUGAUCCAGUGACUGAAAGUAGUCCCAGUAGCCUGAUGGGUAACCCCAGUUGUAGCAACAGCAGCAGCCGUCAUGAUCAGCGAGGCAGAACGGUUGCUGUUUUAAGUGACGAGGAAGCAAGCUCAGAUGAGGACUUGGGACCUCCAAUCUUCGAGUCUCUUCCUGGUUCAUCAAGAAGGGAGCGCUAUUUGCGAAGAGUACAGCAAAAUUCCAACAGUUUUGAGUCAAUGGAAGUCUCCCAUUCUUCUUUCUUCAGCAGGACAGAUGGCCAAAAUAAGGGAAUGUCAACUUAUCGACCCAGACUCCUAAUAUGUGGGAAUGAAGGCAUGGGCCAGUCAACACAUAUUGCCCCUGCACUACUUCAUGCAAUGGAGCACAUGACUGUGCACUGUUUGGAUUUACCAGCAUUAUAUGGAGUUGCUUCCAAGACACCUGAAGAAGCAUGUUCUCAGGUUUGGCCCUCAAUUUAUUUGUAGAAAUAAGCUUAGAAGAUGCAGUAACUUUCAGUAGAAAAAUUGAAUUUGAGUUUGACUUUAGUCAGUGUUAGGACUGACCUGGUUUACAGAUUUUGCAUAGCUUGAUUUGAAUACAAUUAUUGCUCAUUCUCCUUGAAAAGGUACUUGUCUUUAACAAGGUACUUCAGUUCCAAGAAUUUUCAGGUUUCCCACCCAGCUGAAUUAAGUAAUUUCUUCUUGUUUCAGCUGUUUUGUGAGGCACGUCGUACAUCACCAUGUAUAGUGUAUUCACCCCAUUUUGAUGCUUUGUGGAAUGCCACAGGAGACAGUCUGCAUGCUACAUUACUAUCACUGCUUCAGGAUCUCCCUCCAGGUGCUCCUCUGUUGUUUUUGGUUACUGCAGAUGACUGUUGGAGUAACCUUCCCUCCAUAAUGAAGGAACUGUUUUCAACAGAAACAGGACAGGUACUUAAUGCAUUAAUUAAUGGUGUGGCCUUUGCAGUUCUGUAACAUUUCAGACACAAUAGUUCUUGAAAACAGGCCAUAGAUAGGAGUGGUUGAUAUUUCUUUUGAGUAUAUACUAAAACAGAGGAUAGCAUUGAAGGCAUGUACUGAUUGGCUUUUCAAACUACAAAUCUCCUUUACUGUUCACUUACGAGCAAUACAUGUGGGAUUGCAUCUGAAAUACUGUAAUCUUUGCAGGAAUAAGUGAGUUUGCAUCAUCUUUUUAUGCUGUAUCAUCUUGCUGUUUUAAAUUAUACUAAAACAACUACCGGUUCUCACCUCAGUGUUGGUGGCAAGCAAUGGACAUUUGCCUUGCUGCUUUGAGGUUGAUACAGAUAUUGAAUGAUGAUUAUGUCAUCUUUUACAGUGACUGCUCUGAUUAAUUUUCAAGGUAUUCCAAGUUGCUGAUCUGUCCUCAGAUGAGAGGAGAGCUUUCUUUCACAGUCUGUUCCUUGAAGAUGCUAUUCUGCAACCCAAACCCAAGAGAUCAAGUAGGAAUAAUUCUAUACUACUGGUGCAACAGAGCUGUAUAAAGCAAUAUGGCUUUAUGUUUUGCAACCCUAUGGAUAUUCUUGAUUACACAAACUUUGCCUGAUUGGCUAUUACUAUUUUGGCCUUGCUCACAUUAACAGACAGGCCUAGUUGUUUUGAAAAUAAUUUUCAAGCGAUGAAGAUUAAUAAGAACAGUUUAAUUUGGUUAAUUCCUCUUAACCUUUAUUGACCUUUCUAUAUGUACUUCUAUAUGUAUUUCAUCAUUUUUGCAUGUUAACAUUUUUUACAAGGCCCGUGAAGAAAAAGAGUCACAGAUUAAUGUGGUGGAAAAAUGUCAUUAAUGUGAUUGCUAUAAGCAUAAUACUUUGUUGGACUUCUUAUCCAGCAGGAAAAGAUAAAAUAGUGGAAGUGUUACCAUUUGCUCCUACCCCACCCCCACCGCAGUUGUCAGAAGCUGAGCUACUGAAGGCUCGUCAAGAUGAGGAGAAUACCAUGAGGGAACUGCGCAUCUUCCUCAGAGAUGUUACCUCAAAGCUUUUACAAGAUCGAAGAUUCAAAGAGUUUACCAAACCAGUGGAUUUGAUGGAGGUAAGAGAAUCAUUGUAGAUUCUUCAAAUUGAAUCCCUGGUCUUGUGGAAGAGGUGGUCUACUUACUGAGCCAGUGUUGUAUGAUAGAAAAUGCAGCAACUGGCAAACAGUGAUGGUUCUUAACUCUUUCACUCACAAGAUCUCAGUAGUAAAUCUCCUUUGUGUCUUCAGUACAAUUCUUAUCAUGGUAGUUUGGCAAAUUUGGUAUUGGAUCAACUAGGUAGUAGUUCCAUAAUUGAUACAAUGUAUGUUUCUUUAUUCUUUUCAUUUACCUGCUGGAUAAUUUAUGGAUAUUGUAAACAAAAAAUUGUCUUGGUCACUCAUAGGAGUGAUAGGAUUAAGAGGCUUUCUGUAGCCAUGUGCUCAUAAUGUUGGCCAGAAGUCAGUGUUAAACAGUUGGAGGGCUUUGGCAAAAUAUCCCCUCUAUUUCCUCUAGUUAUUAAUAGUUCACUUUCCUCACAAAUAUUCAUUGACAUGGAUCAGCUGUGUUAAAAAAAAAAAUUCCUUUUUCAUUUUAAUGUAGCUUUGAUCUCUUUUCAGGUUCCUGAUUAUCUUGAGGUGAUUGAUGAACCAAUGGAUCUUGCAACAAUACUACAGAAAAUCAACUGUCAUCAGUAUAGUACUUGUGCACAGUACUUGGCAGAUAUUGAUUUGAUCACAAGUAAUGCUCUUAAGUACAACCCUGACCGUGAUCCAAUGGACAAGCUUAUCAGACAUAGGGCUUGUGAACUCAGUGAUGUGGCACACUCAGAAAUCAAAUCGCAACUGGAGCCAGAGUUUGAGAAGGUGAUGAAGUUGUAAAAAAAAUAACUUAAAAGUGGCUAUAGGAGGUUUACUUUAACACAUAGUCCUAAAUUAAUUAUUGCUGCUGAUGGAAAGUGCUAAUUUUUCUAUUCAUUUGUUUUUUUCAGACUUGUGAAGAAAUCAUAGCAGCAAGGGAAAGAAGGGGUAAGAAUUGAGUUGAGAUCAUAUUAAUUGGUUUUUUUUUAUAUAGUAGUUAGUAACACUAAUGUUUUGUCUCUUAGUUAUAAGUAGUUGUAAGCUGGACAUGAUAGCAAUGGUUAUCUCUAGCAUAUAAUUACUAGCCUGUGGCUCGUGUUUGCUGAAAAGUGAUCACCUAUUUUGUCAAGAUUUUAGCCGAGAUCUGCAUCUUGUACCAUGCACUCACAAUGUCUCUAUACACACAAUUGCUCUUGAAUGUACUUUGUAUUUCAGAGAUAAAGAUAAGUUUCAUACCAGAUAGAGCUUGUUUAAGUUUGCCGACAAUUACCUUGAAGAACCGCUCUCCUUGGUUAAGUACAGCCAUGCAAUGAUAAGGAAUAUAUCAGUAUUAUCCAGGGUGCUUAAUUGUGCACAUAUACUUUUUUUUCUUCAAAAAAGGAAGGGAUUUAUUUAAGUUGCAAGGAGUUUGGUGUAAAGAAAAUUUUUGUCUCUGAUGAGAGUUUGUUACUGACACUUUAUGAUCACAGUACGUUGUAGGAAGAUCAUUGGCAAGGAAGAGCGAGACAGGCAAUGUGUCAGGAGAAAAGCCUCUGAUGGUUGUAUUUAUUUUUCCCCAGGUGACAAAUCAACUGCUGCUGCUCCUGCAUUUGUGUUCACUGUUCCACUGAAACAACAAACAGCAACUGAGGUGACAGCGUCAACACCGCUUCAAGAUCAAGUAGAGAAAGCGGCAUUGGGUGUCUCUGAUAUAACCUUUGUAUCUGAAUCCCAGUCACAAAGUAAUGGCACAAGGCAGAAGAAAAAGCCAAGAAGAAAGAAAGCACCAAUCUAUUGGGGGAAAAAGCCAAGUAGAAGGAAACUAGAUGUAAAGCAAAAAUUAGACUCAGAGAUUGAUCAGGUUACUCAGGAGUUUCUGGUUGAAGUGAAUGGGGAACAAGCAGAGGUCAGUGGUGAAGCUUUUCCUGAUGACUCUGGAGAUAGAUCAACCAAUGAGGAAACUGAAAAAGAUCCUGGGGUGAUCUCUGAUAAAGAAGGUGAUGUAGCAAACCAUCAAGAAGAUGAUGAUGAGGAGGAGGAGGAAGAGGAAGAUGAUGUUGAAUUGAUGGAGAAUGGGGUUGCACCCAUUGAUGGAGAUGUGGUUUUGUUACAUCCAGAGAAUCUCACUGCGGAAAUUAAAAGUGGUAAGGUGAACUCAGGGUCUGUUCUUCAAAACAAUUUGGUAGUGCCCAGAAGACCUAUUGGAAAUCAUGAUUUAUCAGGAACAUUGUCCAGUUUGCAAAAUGGGGUCACCUCAGAUGUUUGCUCAGAAGAUAUUGCAUCGGAAAGUGAAUGUGACAAGGAACCUCAAGGUGAGAAUGCACUAACCCUUUCACUCCCAAGAUCUCAAAAGAAAUUCUCACCACUGUCUGCCAUGCAAUUCUUUUGAUGUUCCUUUGGAGAAUUUGGUAUUGGAUCAACACAUAUUCCCCUAAUGGAAAUUUUGGUCUAUUUCAUUACUUGUCUCCUGAUGUUGUAUCAAUAUUGUGAGAAAUCUCUGUUGGUCACUCAUGGGAGUUCAAGGGUUAAGGCUAUGUAUGACUAGAAUAGUGUGUACAUCAAAGGGAAAAAAUGCAGUUAUAUAUUAAGUCAGGUACUACCCCUGUAAAGCAAAAUCUUGCAAACAACGAUUCUGACAGGGUUAUGAGAGAAUAUGCACUAAAGCCAAAUAUGGGAGCUAUCUUGGUUUCACAAACAAGUGGAAUUAUCUGUAGACUGCUUUGAUGGGAUGCAAAUGCACCAUAAUUUUGCCCCUCCCCUCUGUUGACAGCAGAUUUAUACCUCUGGUUAAAGAGAGGCAUUGUGAUUGAAAGGUUUCUUGUCCAAGAACAUCAGAUCUUGUCUCUCCUACCUGUGCAUUACACUUAAAUGUUCAAGUAGUGGAUGUGAUUUGUGUAGCAUUAGUGGAGGUUAAGGUUAUUCUGGUUUUCCCAACCACAAGAUACCUAACUUAACCCAUAUUGGCCCUAUUGUGGAGUACAUUUGUACCAUUUGGUAUGGAAAGUGAAAAAACUCUGGUACUUUAGAGCUUUCAGGCCCCUUAGGAUUCCCAAAUAGUUUGAAUUUUAAGUGUUUUUCCUUUUUUGAUUAUAUGUGAAGACUCUUCCAAUAAUCCUCAAGAAAACAAACAGAACAAAUCUGCAGGCUGCACUUCCUGGGGUAGUACUGCACUCAAUGAAGACGUCAUAGAGAAACUAGAAACUCUCCUGAAUUUGCUAGUUGAUGCAACUAAGGGGGCAUCUAUCGAAAUGCUAGAGAGAUAUCACAGUUCUCUUCAGUGCUGUAUCCACAAGCAGAGACACAAUCAUGAUAAAGGAGAGCUUCUGAAGGUGUGUUAACUUGAAUGUAAGGGGUUGGAAUGAUUUCAGCUGGUUUACUAUAAAGAAACUGCUGACUGACAUCAAAUGGUAAAUUUGGAUUUUCAGUUGUUGUAGGGUUUUGUGGGAAGAAGUGGCAAUGCUAUCCAACAUGGCAGUCUCCCUUUUUUUUUUGAUGAUGAUUUGAAAAGGGAAAGACUCCUUACUCAAAAGUAUUACGUCAUGCAACUUCCGAACUUUUAACAGUGUUCAACCAAAGCAUUGGUAGCUGGAAAGUGGUCAAGCUUUGAGGAUUCAAUGGCUACUCUAGUUAUCAAGGAGAAAUAUUUUGGCAAAAAAAAUUUGGGGGGUUAGUGGCACUUUAAUCAUAAUUUUUGGUGUUCUUUGAUAAGAACAGUAUCCAAAAACACAUUUUACCGUGCCAUCCACUUCCAUCACACCAAAGUCCCCAGAACUUUGAUCAAGGAAUGGUAAUCUGACAUUUCCCCAAAAUGCCCAAGGCUUCAUGAUAGGAACUUUCUCAACACACCUCUUUGCAAACCAGACAGUGGGUGUUCUUUUUUUUAUGAUUUAUCUUAUUAAUUCCUGUGAAGCCUACCCAAAGGAGUUCCAGGCUUUGCCCAAGAGUGAGUAGGCUGCCAUUGACUGUUAUUCUUUAAAUUUUUUUUUCAGGAUUUGGAACUGAUGAUUAAAGGCUAUGGACGAUCUUCAAGAACUGUUUGCUCAUUUCAAAAGUGAUCCUCAACGAUUAGCUUGUAACAUAGUCUCAUUACUUUCAAAAGUAGAACCCCACUAACUUAAACUGUUCAGAAAAAGGAAUACAGUGCAAGACCAAAGUGUUCAAGUUAGUAAAUUGUAAGCAACUAAAAACCCUCCUCCAGAAAUGUGGCUCUAAGAUUACUUUAACAGACAGUUCCAGUUAGUGAGGUUCUACUCUAGUUAAUAUUUGGAUCAUUAAUUUAUUAACAAUUAAUUUAUUUUGAAUUGCUCUUUUCUGUGAAAAUAAUAAUAACCCUAACCCUAACCCUAAGCAAUUACUGGUUUCAGGAAUAGCUUUUUAUUGCAGUCAUAUGUUAACUGUUAAAACAAACUAUCAAUUAAUUCGCUGAUCACCAUUUUCUGAGGAGGAGUGGAGAGGGAGGGGAAGUUCAAAUUAGGGUAAUAUAUAUUUUUGAAAACAAAGAACUUAUUUUAAAUGGUACAAAAGUGUAACAUUCUUGUAUUACCAUUCACUGCAUUCGUAAAUAGUUGCACUGAGUUAAAAUGAGGUCAUGUCAUCCUUUAAUAAAUAAACUAUCAAUGAUGGAAAAGCUUAAAAAAUAAUAAUAAAUGAAGAUUUCCCAGGACAGAGAUUCUGUAUUUUCCAUUACUUAU